AAGAUUUUCCUUUUUCAUCCAGUGAGAACCCAAAGUCUUCUUCUUUCUCACACCAUACCUUUCAUCCCAUCGCACAAGUUUUUCUUCCAUGGAGAUUGAAGAAUCUAGGGUUUCAUCACUUUCAUGGAGUUUCAGCCAAAGGAAUUAGGGAUUUGGGUUUUUUGUUUCCACUUUCCUUCUGGGUAUCACUUGGAAAAUGGAGGAAAUAGAGGAGGCUAACAGGGAAGCAGUAGAGAGUUGCCAUAGGGUGAUUAGUUUGUUGUCUCAGCCUGAUAGUGAUCAGAAUCAGUAUGGGAAACUAACUGGGGAGGCUGUUCAUAUGUUCAAGAAAGUUGUCUAUAAGCUCAAUUCCACUUUGGGUCAUGCUAGGGUUAGAAAUGUCAAGAAAAUCCAAACCCCUCUGCCAGUUCCUCCAAACAUUCUCUUAGAAAACCCGUUUUCUUCGAAACCCUCAGAGAAUGAUCAACCCAAAGCUCUGCAGCUUCUUCCUGCCCAUAACUCCAAUCAAGAGAAGAGCUGUGAUCUCACAUUGAUGAGAAAUCCUUCGUUUGACUUGAACGGAAAAGCCCCUUUUCUGCUACCCGCCCACCACCGCCACAGCCAAACCCACCAAGUUCCAGCGACAAACUAUAACUUCCUUCAACAACAACAACCACAAAUCCCUCUUUACCGGCGUAGCAAUAGUGGAAUGAGCCUUAAUUUUGACAGUUCCACUUGCACUUCCACCCGGUCUUUUAUAUCCUCGCUGAGCAUCGACGGGAGUGUCGCAAACGUGGAUGGGAAUGCUUUUCAUUUGAUCGGUGGGUCCCGCUCUGCUGACCUCGGCAUGUACCAACAACACAAGAAGAGGUGUUCUGGCGAGAGGGGCGAAGAUGGAAGUACGAAAUGCGGAAGCAGUAGCAGGUGCCAUUGCUCCAAGAAGAGGAAGCACAGGGUGAAAAGGUCGAUUAAGGUUCCGGCUAUUAGUAACAAGUUAGCUGAUAUUCCUCAGGAUGAAUAUUCUUGGAGGAAGUAUGGGCAGAAGCCUAUCAAAGGCUCUCCUCACCCAAGGGGAUACUAUAAAUGCAGUAGCAUGAGAGGCUGCCCUGCUCGGAAACACGUGGAAAGGUGUUUGGAAGAUCCCUCGAUGUUAAUCGUGACUUAUGAGGGUGACCACAACCACCCAAGAGGGCCAUCACAACAACCCAUGAACGCAUAAACCUAGCGAGCUUGAAGAUUUUUAGCACGAACAACUUUAUUUGGUUUCAUGUUGCUUGUAACGGCUUCACCUUUUGUCGUGUACAUAUUUUGCUAGUUUAGCCUCGACGUAGAGAGAUUGGCAGGGGGACGCAACACCUUCCUUUAAAGGCGCGUUUGGUUGAAAGUCAAUGCAUAGAAAAGUCUUGCCUUGGAGUCUUGGUGGGUGAACCAAUUUGCACUUGGGUUGUGGUGUCCACUGUUAGUGCAUAAAAACCUUUCCUGGGU